AUGUCUAUCAUUUUCAAUGCCCUCCCUCUGCCGCCUAUCCCUGAAUUUGGCGAGCCCUUUUAUCGCUCGGCUGAGCAGGCUAUUGAGGCUAUUAAUAUGCACGCCCAGCCCCAGGGCUUCGCAGUUUCAAAGCGAGGCUCCCAGCCUAAAAGGGUUCGAAUUCAAUGCGCCCGAAGUAGGGCUUACAAAGCCCAAAAGACCACUAAUCAUCAAUCGACUACCCGAUCAACCGAAUGCCCAUACCGUGCCACCCUCCACCUACGUUCCGAUCCCGAUAUUACCAGCAAUCAUGGGCUUUGGGAUAUCCAGAUUGUUGAAAGUGGCCAUAAUCAUGAUCGACAACCAGGUCAUACCUUUGCUAUCCACCAGACAAGGCAGAUCGAUCGGUUUAGAAUCCAAGUCAUUGCUGGAAUUCAUCAAGGUUCCUCUCCAUCUAUGAUAUCACAAGGAAUCAAGAAUCAAUGUGAGGCAAUAGGCGAAGAAUUCACCCUUAAUCCUGAUAGGAUUGGGCGUUUUAUAUUCGAUUAUCGGCAAUCGGAUUUAGGAGGUUAUUCGCAGAUUCAAAACCUACUAAAGCAAGACAAUGAUCAAUGGAUUAUUCACUACGAUGUGGAUACAGACGACCAAUUAACUGCGGCAUUCUUAGUCCACCGUAGUUCGAUUGAAUUACUUCGGAGCAAUCCCUUUUUUCUAUGGAUGGACUGCACCUACAAAACCAACCGAUAUCACUUCCCGCUACUUGAUAUUAUCGGCGAGUCUUCGGUCGGUGCUACGUUGGCUAAAAGGGCUAUUGGAUCAGCAGCAGAUCCCGUACCCAAGGACAAUUAUGACCGAUAA